AUGCGCUGCCUCGUUGCCUUCCCGCCUAGCCGCAACCUGCUGCUCCUGUUGCUGCUGCCGUUGCUACUGCUGCUGCUGCAGCUGCUGCUGCUGUUGCAGUGGUCUCGUGGGGUUGCUGCUGCUCGGCUCGACUCUGCAGCCUUCCUGCGGCUCAGCAGCAGCUCGCUGGUGCAGGCGGCACCCAAGUCGUGGCUCUAUUCCCCUCAAGUAGGAGUCCCAACAGCAGCAGCAACAACAGCAGCAGCAACAACAGCAGCAACAGCAGCAGCAGCAAAAAAGUCUUCUGAUAUUGAAGGAUUUGGGGCUUUCGAAGCUUUGAUUAAAGAAAUUCAAGAGGAGCAAUCGAAGGAGGAGCAGCAAACCCCGAAAACCACCGACGCGGUUUAUGAGGGUUUGGUUAUCAGGCAUCGAGAACCUUCAGAGGAGGACAGUCGCGCCCCAAAAGAUUUGCUGCUGCAGCACCCCGUCGUGCUGCAGCACCAACGAGGAAAAUGUAGUGGCUGUGGAGCUGCCUUUCAUGGGUCGAGACCCGAGGCUGCAGGUUACCUUCCUGCUCACCUGCUGCAGCAGGUGCUGCAGCAGCAGCAGCAACAACCGCAGCAACAGCCGAAGCAGCAGCAGCAGCAGCAGCAGAAACGGAACCAUAAGCGUGGAACUCUUAGUGCCCUCUUUGCUGCUGUGAACAAACUGAGGAGUGGUGCUGCUGCUUUCCCUGAUGAUGAUGAUGAUGACGAUGAUGAUGAUGAUGCAGCAGCAGCAGCAGCAAGAGCAGCAGCAGCACCUGCUGCUGGUGAGUAUGAGGUGUCUAAUGAUGUUACGCAGCUAGCAGCAGAAUUAGCAGCAGCAGCACCAGGCACUAAUGCAAUGGAUGUAGAGAAGGCCCUAAUUACUCUUGCUAUGUAUAACCGUGACCCUGGCGAAGCCAAGCAACAGCAGCAGCAGAAGCGGCGGCAGCAGCAGCAAAAGGAAGAGCAGCAGCAGCAGCAGCAGCAGCAGCAGCAGCGGAAUUUGUGGCGUCCUGAGGGGUUUGAAGCUUUUCAUCCUAUUGAACAGCCACAAGAAAUUAUACAAACAGAGGAGCCACCAGCUCCUGCUGAGCGUCUAACAAUCCAGCAGCAGGAGCAGCAGCAGCAGCAACAGCAACAGCAACAGCAACAGCAACAGCAGCAGCAGCAGCAACUGAUAUGUUGUGUGCUGCAGUAA